AUGAGAUACAUACUCUUUUCUUUGAGCGCGUUGGUGUUCUACGCCAUAUUUUAUUUCGCCUCCGUCAAUGGCCUCGACGCGCUGGCACACAAAUCCAUUGAAUCUGGCAAGCUCCCUAGCAUUGAUGCGCCUUUGCGAACAGUCUAUACGGGAAUUGAGGCAGUCGACAAUGUACUGGCUCUUUUGACUGUAUUUUUCUACCCGACACUUGACGGCCAUAACCCUAGUCUGCUGCUUCACAGCAUCGGAUUUAGUGGUACAUUCGGUGCGACCUGGACUCUGAUCGUCUUGGAAUCGUGGCGAAAGGGAAAUGCCGGGACAGUAGCCGCUUACCCGACCAUAUUUGGCCUCAUCGCUCAAGUAUUCACUUUUGCCUUUGGCAUCCCAUUGACAUGUGGUCUACAGCUGGGCUCCUCGAUCACUGCGCGCCGUCCUCAUGCAGAUAAUAUUCGGGUCCCGCGAGCAGUUCUCGCGGCUCUGCCGUUGACUUUCGUUGUCGGAUACAUGUUGCCGACAGUGGCCAUGACGUUGCCCGCUCCUUCUGUUAUUUCAGUGGAUCUAAAGCAGAUCGCCAUUUCCUUCUGGCAUCCCUGGCCCGCGUACGUGUCUAUUCUGACCACGGUCGCCUACUUUACAUUAUCCCCUUUCUUCUCAAAUAACCACCGAGCAUCCAUGUCUAGCUUGCGCUGGGUCUACACAUUUGCAUUCGCCAAUGCAUCUCUGUCGCACAUUGUGUCAUGGGUUGUCUCUUUGGCAACUGUUAUAGUGCCGGCUCUGUUUGAAGACCGUUUCCUGAGUUCUCUCCACCCGGCCAAGGUUUUCUCGAUCCCUCUUCCUUGGUCUGGACUCACGGUCAAUAAUGUCGGUGAUGGUGUGCAUGUAUUCCUUCGAUGGGAUUACCUCAUUGGUUCGGCUGGUGUUUUAAUCUGGGCUAUCUCGCUGUACACCAUUGCUCACAAGCAACUGCUCAGCACUGUCUCUUGGCCCAGUCUCCUGGUUAAGAUUUUUCUGUUGACAGUUCUUGCCGGCCCCGCAGGUGCUGCGGUAGAGUUGAUCUGGGAGAGAGAUGAGCUAGUGUUUAGCGAGACAGGUGGUAGCAAGCAGGUUUCGAAAGCCAAGAAGUCUACCUGA